AUGAUACCGGAACAAUUAGAAUUGAAAAACAACCAAAACUGCACCGCCCUUUUUUAUGCCGCUCAAUCAGAUAUCGUAAUAAUUGCAGAGGUGAUAGUGAAAAAAAACAACAAUCUGCCAUUGAUCCCCAAGGAUGACAUCCAAUCUUUACCACUUUACGAGGCAAUAAAGACUGGAAAUAGAGACAUGGUGUCGUAUUUAUACUUUGUGACUCAUAUUCAAGACUUGGCUUCUCAGGAUCACAUUAAUCUCCUUAACACUACUAUUUCCACCGAUUUGUAUGAUACGGCACACAAAAUUCUGGAUACUCUAAAGUUAGAACCUGGAGAGAAGGAACUUCUUUGGAAACCAUUGGAAAUGUUGGCCAGAAAACCUUCGGAAAUUGGCAACAAAAGUCAGCCAUCAGUAUCAUGGAAAAGAUGCUUAAACUCCUGCUUCAGAGGUCGGUUCUGCAACAAAGCUUUGAUGCAAGCAUCAGCCCAUCAAUUAGUUGACCUUUUGGAAGAACUCAGAGAUGAUAAAAAUUUCUCGUCAACUGCGGCUGCUGACAAGCAUAUGAUGAAACUACUUGUUGAAGCUGCAAAAGUAGGGAACCUUGAAUUUCUAAUUAUACUCAUACGAUCUUAUCCUGAUCUCAUAUGGCAAGUUGACGAAGGAUAUGGAAGUUUAUUUCACGUUGCUAUUAAACAUCGACAAGAGCGUGUUUUUAAUUUAAUAUAUGAGAUAGGUGUUUUGAAGGACAACCUUGCGAGCUUGUAUGCCGAAGGGAAUAAGUCCAUGCUGCACUUAGCUGGAGAAUUGCCCUCUACAGAUCGACUGAAUAUCGUAUCAGGAGCAGCUCUUCAAAUGCAACGAGAGUUGUUGUGGUUUCAAGAGAUUGAAAAGAUCGUGCCGAAGUCAUUAUAUCGUGUGAAGUACGAGGAUAUCAAUAGUGGACAAAAACAAAAAACACCUAGGGAGAUAUUUAUGAAGAACCACGAAGACCUGCAGAAGAAAGGUGAAAAGUGGAUGAAGAACACGGCAAACUCUUGCAUGCUCGUGGCAACACUGAUUGCCACUUUGGUUUUUCCAGCGGCCUUCACAAUACCGGGUGGCAACAAUGAAGACACAGGCAUUCCUAUAUUUAUGGAAAGCAACUGGUUUACGGUAUUUUUCGUAUCAGAUGCAGUAGCAAUGUUAUUCUCUUCGUCUUCGAUAUUAAUUUUCUUGACAAUUCUCACGUCACGCUACACGGAAAAGGAUUUUCUCGUAUCAUUACCUCGUAGGUUGGCCUUGGGACUUGCUACACUUUUAAUCUCAAUAAUAGGCAUGAUGAUAGCCUUCACUGCAGCCUAUUUUUUGGUAUUUAAAAGCAAGUGCUUCGAUCCGUAUAAUUGUUGCGGCGGCUACUGUCCCAAUUUGUUUGUUUGUUAUCCUAGAUUAUGGCCUCUAGUUGGAUAUAUUCUACUCAGCAUUCUGUUCAAAUAG